AAACGUAGCAACUGCCAAUUGUAUUCCUACUAUGGAGUUUUCAGAGAAUACUUUCAAGCUUGCUUGUCGUGCCACUGUUGGAUUUCUAUUGUUAUCAGUGUUAGUUUUUACUCAAAAGUUCUAUCAUUUGGAAUAUGGCCCUCUUGCCAUUAUCAUGUUCUUAUGUAGCAUAACGUUUUCAAGUGACCAGUUGGAAUUUGGUUUUGUUUCACUAGGUUGCUUGCAAAGUACCGCUUCUCUUCUAUUUGGGGCUUCUUUUGGAUACAUAGCUGCUUGGAUAUCAGGAAACAGUAACUUGCUUACUGUAGUAAGUGCAGCUAUAGGAACUGGACUAUUCACAGCUUUGCAUCCGUAUCAGAAAAUCAGUUUCAUUACGAGCAACGGAGAAAUUUAUUUUAUUUUCAACCUUUUAGAUAGUAAAAAGUCUGCAGAUAGUAACAUUCUAUGGAAUACUUUUUAUGAGACGAUGAUAGGAGCCCUAUUAGCACAUAUGACUGCAUUGUUAGUAUCCAUAGCUAUUUUCCCAAAGUCUAUUCAUCGAGAAAUGUUUCAUUGUCUAUCACUUUCAUUUGAUUAUGCCGGUUCAGUACUUUCCAAAGCAGCUACGUUAUUACUUCAUUGUUUUGCAGAAGGCAAUAAGGAACUUAUCUCUUUGGAACUUUCACAAGAUAUGCAACAGCAUUGGAAUCAAGCAAAGGGCUAUUUUGAAAAAGCUCAAGCAAUGAGAAAAUGUCUUUUAUUUGAAUGGAAUGUUCGGUAUCCAACUUCUCAAGAAGCCAAUGGAGUAUAUUUGGAGUCUUUGAUGAACGAAUGGCAGUCAUUCUUGGAUACAUUACAAGCACUUCAAAUACUUGUGACAAAAGGACAAAAACGAUAUAGCGAUGAAAUAUUAUUACAGUGGAAAUCUUUUAUGGACUGGCUUCAAAUAUAUUUCGCUUGGAUGGCAUCUAAAUGUCAUCGUUAUUCUAUGAUAUCAGAAAUACACAAUAACAGACCAAAGCUAUUACAACUAUGGCAAAUAGAGAAUACCAAAGAAUCUCAAGAAUGGUUGCAACCGAAUGAUUCUCUCUCAUUUCGAUUUCAUCAAGCAUUCAGAGAAUAUUUUCAAGCGGUUUCCAAGAAUGAAAUAUCCAAUCUUUCUAUUUUUGAUCAUGGUCCUCUUAUGUAUUUCAUGGUUAUUACAAAUACAUUGAAGGAUCAUAUGGAAAUGUUGGAUAGAAAUCUCAAUGAACUUGCUCAAAUGGAGCCUUGUUCCGUUUGGCGUCGUUUUCAAUUCCAAAUAGUAUCAACAUUGGAUGUUCUGGCUUGGCCUUUUUAUGGUUGGCUAAAUGUAUUCAAAGCCAUUCCUAAAGGGUGCUUAGAAUGGAAGGCACUAGUCAAAAACAAUCAGUUCCAAUUCUUUCUCAAAAAGUGGUUGGUCAGUUUGAGUAUUUUGACAUUUCUACUUGCCAGUCCAUUUUAUGAACAGUUUGCGAAUUUCAAUGGAGCUUGGUUAUGGCUAUCAUAUAUUUUGUAUAUGCAGCCCUCUACAGAAGGUACUCUCAUGAAUGGAAUUGCCAACAUAUUGGGCGUAUUCUUUGCCUGUUUAGCAAGUGCAUUGAUCAUGUUGCGGCCUUCUAUAGCCACCAACGGCUAUCUAUUGGAUGCCUAUCUAACUGUUAUCACUUUUAUCACAGUCUUAUUUCUUACGAGUCCCAUUUCAGAGACUUUAUUGACAUUUUCCUUCACAGAAUAUGUUUUAAUCCUGUAUUAUUUCAACCCAUAUGAGUUUCAUGAAACUUGGCGUUAUUCUCUGACAAGAUUCUUACAAAUUUUGUUAGGUAUCAUUAUUGCAGUAUUAAUGAAUACUUGGAUACUAACGUUUUCUGCUUUGGAGGAAACAACGUCGUGUCUUUCAUCCUUGUUGGAGAAAAUGGUGUCUUCUCAUGCGAUGUUAGGUACCUCUGAUUACGUUGUUCUUGAGCAUGCCGAGAAGACCUAUCAUCAACUCAACUUGAACAGCAUGUGGAAAGAGUUUUCUUAUAUUUCCUCGGUAUUGGAUUCUAUUUGUAGUGGUAUAUUAGAAACGACUGGUGUAAGUGUUGUCUCUAAAGAAAUCUUGACAGUUGUACGUGUAGAAGAGGAUUUACUGCAUCGUCUGAAAGCACUUGUGAUUGUUUCUCGUGGAUUGCCGUUAUUGAAGAAUUGUAUUCCAUUCCAUUCCAAAUUCUUUUCAUUUAUGAAAGAUGCAUUGUCUGAAGAUUGGAGCACUUUGUCGCUUUUAACCCAACAAUUAACAAGUCUCGUGGAGCACAAGUUAAAACAUACCGAAACUUUCCGAUGUUCAGAGUUUUUGAAAGAUUUAACACAACAAGCUCAGAAACGAAUAACUGAUGUUGCACAGGAGGUUAGUGUGAACGCAAUACAAGGAGUUACUCAUAAUAUAUUGACUGGAUUGGAAAAUUGCAUCGAUAUAUGGAGUAACAAUCCUCAUCAUGAUAUGUCCUCAUCAUUACCAUCAGAUAAUGAUACAAGAGAAGAAGCUCAUGAUAGAGUUUCCGAUUGGCUUUCUUUAUUAAGUAUUUCAAUCAUUGAACAAUGGAAGAGACAUUUUCCUAUCCAAGAUACGGUCAUGACAGAUCAUUCUCAAGACGUGACACUGAAGUGGAUGACUCCCUCCUUGGCAAAGGCAUAUAUAGAAAUACUUGAACGAGGAGAAGAGUUGUCGAAAGAGAAUGAUGCUCAUCAUUGGUUGGAAUGCAAAAAAGCAUUCUUAGGUAUGAGGCAUUUUAAGGGAAAGUUGACAAGGAAUCCCUUUGGUAGGUUGCCAAAUGGACAUCGAAGUAUAUUAUUUCAAAGAAUGAAGAAAUUGAAAAUGAACAAAUGUGGUUUGUCACAAGUUUCACAAUUGACUCGUAUGGAAUAUCAAACAUUUCCAAUCAUAGAGACAACAUGGAAUGACAGAGUUCAACUGUGUAUCCGAGAAUGGAAAAGGGCUCAAGGCAUUCUUUAUCUCCAUUGUAUGUAUUUGGAAUGGCAUUUCUUAAAAGGAUUGCUUCCUCUUGAAGAAGGACAUGAAGUUAUUGAGGAACCAUUAUAUAUUCUCUAUGGAGAUGAGUACAUUGAUUGGUUGGCUAGACUCUUUGCUAGUGCAUAUUUUAUGGAAGGUUUGAUUUCUUUGGCAAUAGAGUUGACCAGAAUUUCUUAAAAAUCGUAAAUGACAAAUAUUUCAUUCUCUGGAGGAAUAUUAGAAAAGGAUAUGUAUGAUAAGAACAGAUGGGUAUGUGCAGUAUAUAAGGGAAGUCUGGAAAAAUGAAUGUUUGAAUGGUCUUCUCAUAUAAAAAGAAAUGUUUAUGU